GAGAGGUCAGCAGGUGGCGGGAGCGCUACUUUGAGCGCGCGCGUGCGCGCGUUUACUUGGAGCGGAAGCAUCCCAGCAGCUAGUCUUCCCAAGAGUCGCCAACCGCGCUAUGCUGACGAUUAAAGGUUCCGUGACUUUGAAUGCAGGCCCAGAGACUGCUGGGCCAAAGGAGGCCCCACCAGUCCUUCUUUGAAUCCUUCACCCGGACCCUCAUCAUCGUGUGUGCUGCCCUAGCUGUGGUCCUGUCCUCUGUCUCCAUCUGUGAUGGUCGCUGGCUCCUGGCUGAGGACCACCUCUUUGGACUAUGGCACUUCUGUACCAACUCCAACCAGACUGGGAUGCACUGCCUCAGAGACCUGAGUCAGGCCGGCAUACCGGGGUUGGCUGUGGGAAUGGUCCUGGCCCGCAGCGUGGGCGCCUUGGCCGUGGUGGCUGCCAUUUUUGGCCUGGAGCUCCUCAUGGUGUCCCAGGUGUGUGAGGACCUCCACUCACUGCGCAAGUGGGCCCUGGGCUCCACCCUCCUCCUCACCUCAUUUGCCCUCUCCUUUGGGGGGCUCCUGAGCUUUGUGAUCCUCCUCAGGAACCAGGUCACGCUCAUCGGCUUCACCCUGAUGUUCUGGUGCCAGUUCACCGCCUCCUUCCUCUUCUUCUUGAAUGCCAUCAGUGGCCUUCACAUCAACAGCAUCACCCACCCCUGGGGACAACUAAGGAAAUUUUAAGGCCCUCUCUCCAAGGACAUCUGGUUCUAUAAGAAAGUGUGGUCAAGAUGGGACUUUUGUAACAUGUGACCUCUGGUGGGGGUAGGGGUGGGAGAGUGACCUUGAAACAUGGCUUCUUACCCAAUAACCUUUGGAUGGUCAGCCAGACAUGGCCCAGGGGCCUUUUUCCAGGGCCAGAUGCCAGGAAGAUGCCUUAGUUUCACCAGCCUCACAGGCUUAGCCAAGUUAUUAGGCUGUACAAUAGAUUGUAGAACACAUUUUAAAA